AUGAUGCGCCAGGUGACCAGCAGUGACUUCUGCAUGAACAGCAGGCCGUCGUGCCUCGCAGAGGACGGACACCACCCCGCCUCCCACUUUGACCUGUGCACCUCACAGUCCAACAAGUUCUACCCUCCUCUUCCUCCAUCGUCCCUCCAGAUGACGCUGGCUCCCAUGGCUUUACCCGCCCAAAGCCACAAAUCCAUGGUGUGCCAAAGACAGGAAGUACUCGUUGGUGAUCCCCGCUCACCUGGAGAUAUACCAGGCAUUAAAAGCACUGACCAAGCAGCAGAUGAUGCCAAGAAGAAGAACAAAGGCGCCGGGAAGACAGGCAGACGUGGACGGCCCUUGGGAACUACCAAGCUAGCCGGAUACAGAACCAGCACGGGACGACCCCUCGGCACAACCAGAGCCGCCGGGUUCAAGACGAGCCCGGGAAGGCCGCUAGGUACAACCAGAGCGGCGGGGUACAAGGUUAGCCCCGGACGACCUCCCGGUAGCAUCAAGGGCCUCUCUCGCCUCAACAAACUGGCUUACGGGAGCACCUGCAGUGGAGCGGCUUUUCCCUAUCCGCUACCACACAAAGAGAUCCUCUGUGAACCCUCCUGCAAAGAGAAGACCGCUAAUGAGUAA